AUGUAUGAUGGCGACACCGUGGUAGGCAGCGAGGGCUCGGUCGAUGGCGACGAGAUCGGCAGUGAAGACGACUCAGUCAAACGCAGGGCCUCGGAUCCCAGCCUCCCCAGCAGCAACCCAACGAAAUCGUACUGGCAAGACAGCCCGCCUUUUCCACACCUCGACACCAGUCCCGACGAUACACCUGCUCGUGCCGACGUCGUCAUCAUUGGCAGCGGCAUGACAGCCGCGGGAGUGGCUCUGUCCUUCCUCCCACUCAUGGCCUCAAAGGGCAAAGCUCCUGUCGUUUUCGUCGCCGAAGCAAGAAAGAUAUGCAGCGGGGCGACGGCUCGAAAUGCCGGGCAUAUCAACAUUGCGCCGUACCGAGUGGAAAAUGCAAAAGCACUGAAGGAGCUAGGGUCGGUGUACCCGCUUGCUGAGGUGAGAGAGUUCGAAACGGUGCAUCUCCACCAUGAUCGUGAAGAAUUCGAAAAGGACAAGGCGUCCCUGGAGGAUCUGAGGCAAAAGUAUCCGCAGUAUGAAGUGGAGGUUUUGGGGGGGAAUGAGGUGAAGACUUAUGCAAAUUCACCUGCGUGGGGUGCUAUAUCCCACAGGGCAGGAUCAUUUCGGCCGGUUCACUUCGUCACGAGUAUAUGGGAUGAUUUGCGCGGCCAAUGUCCCAACCUCCGCAUCAGCAUCAACAACCCCGUCGAAGAUAUCACAAUUACUACGUCUUCGUCUCACCCCUACAGCGUCACAUUUUCCCGGGGGACUCUUCAAGCUCGACACGUCGUCCACGCUACGGACAGCCACGCGACGCACCUCCUGCCCGGUCUGGAACCAGGCCUAACGGGUAAUUUGAUGCACAUGCUUGCUCAAAUACCAGGCGCUGGUUUCCCAAAAUGCGAGGGGACGCGCUCUUGGACUCUCCGUUUUGGCGAUAAUUAUUACAACGUGAUCCAACGGCCUGAUAUGCCUUAUGAGGAUGGCAAAUGCGGCGAUUGCUGA